GUGUCGUAUCCCGGCCUGUGAGCCAAGGACAUAUUCUGACCUACAUGCCACCUGGGCUGCGACAACUUGAUCAGUAGCUCGACCAGCUCAUCCAUCCAUCCCAGGGUGCCCCCCGGGCCAGGGUAAGUUCUCGUACUCGGUAUCUGUUCAUUUUAUUGCUAUACUAUUAUGCGAUUACUUAUACGUAUGUGGGAUUCGCCUCGAGCACCGAGGUACCAGAGACCGGGGGAACGCGGUCGCUGGAUACAGGUACAGUUGGCCGAAGGAGGACUUCUGACGAUCUGGUCAACGUAGAGGACAGCUCACCACCGGGUCAAGAGGAUGCGGUCAACCCUCCAGACACGUCAUACCGGCAGAUAGUUUUACUUGGAUUUCAAUCGAUCCCAACUGUUAAAGUUAAAUGCAAAUCGACGUACAGCAUACUGCCAACGCAUCAAUCUCCGUCUCCCGAUCAACAACCAAUCAGAUCACAGAUCCUUGGCCUAUAAAUAUCAAUGCAUCGAACCCUACUUGACCCAUCGCUUCGGGUUUCAAAAUUCCCACCUACCCCUUCGAUUGUCGCUCCAAAUCGCUCGUUAGGGAUUGCGAUGGCGCCGAAGGCCGAGAAGAAGCCGGCGGAGAAGAAGCCAGCGGAGGACAAGGAGAAGAAGGCCGAGAAGACCCCCGCCGGUAAGAAGCCCAAGGCCGAGAAGCGCAUCCCCUCCAAGGAUGCCGCCGCCGGUGGUGAUAGGAAGAAGAAGAAGGUCAAAAAGGGGACGGAGACCUACAAGAUCUACAUCUUCAAGGUGCUCAAGCAGGUGCACCCCGACAUCGGCGUCUCCAGCAAGGCCAUGUCCAUCAUGAACUCCUUCAUCAGCGACAUCUUCGAGAAGCUCGCCCAGGAGGCCUCCAGGCUCGCUCGCUACAACAAGAAGCCCACCAUCACCUCCCGCGAGAUCCAGACCUCCGUCCGCCUUGUCCUCCCCGGGGAGCUCGCCAAGCACGCUGUCUCCGAAGGCACCAAAGCCGUGACCAAAUUCACCAGCUCGUAACUGAGAUUUGCUUUGUUGUUUCCUAGAUUUGCGUUGUGGUGUAGAAGCUUAGCAGAUUUCAAGCUUUGGUUUCCUCCUCCGUCCUUGUUCUAUGUUUCACCGCUUUCUUUGAUUUCGAUUGAUACAAAAA